UUUACAUUGUAAACAUGGAGCCCAGUCAGUUGUCGUCGGAAAUGGUGAUUAUGUGGAAAAUAUUCAUGACAACAUAAGAGGUUCAUUGGAUUCUCUGCAGAUAGUAUUAAAAGAUUGGCCCAGGAAAGAUCAUGGAGAGAAAAGACUCCCCAGGAGAGACAUUUUCAGGAAAGCGUAAGGUGUCUUCAGUUAUAAGCUAUGAUAGUGAUCUAGAAGAUGAUGGAAAAUAUGCAAGGACUGAUGGCAAUGGCGACAGGAAACGCUUUAGCCGGUCAUCAUCCAUUACUUCUCAAGGCACCUCCGUGCAGACGCAACAGAACCACAGUGAGAUUGAAAAAAGGCGCCGUGACAAGAUGAAUGCAUACAUCUGGGAAUUGUCCUCCAUGAUACCCAUGUGCAGUGCAAUGAACAGAAAGCUCGACAAGUUGACUGUACUGCGGAUGGCUGUACAACAUAUAAAAUCCCUGAAAGGUGCUGACACGUCACAGUGUGAAACAAGUCAAAGGCCAGCCUUCCUGUCAGAUGAAGAGCUUAAACAUCUUAUUUUGAAGUCCGCUGGUGGAUUCCUGUUUGUUGUUGCUUGUGACAGGGGCAAGUUGUUGUACGUCUCUGAAUCUGUCAAAGAUUAUCUCAACUUCACAAGGAGUGAGCUGACCAAUCAAAGCCUCUUUGACAUUCUUCACCCAAAAGACAUCACAAAGGUCAAGGAGCAGCUGACAUCAUCUGAUCUCACCCCCAGAGAAAGGCUCAUUGAUGCUAAAACAAUGAUGCCUGUGAAGACAGAGAUGCCCCAGAUCCAGUCUCAGUUCAGCUCAGGUGCUCGAAGGUGCUUUUUCUGCCGCAUGAAAUGUGGAGUGAGAAACAGUGGAGAUGGCAACGCUAGUCUCUUGAUAAAAGAGGAAAAAGAACAGGACAUUGAAACGGUUUUAAGAAGGAAGAAGUCAGACCGCUGCUAUGCCCUGAUUCACUGUACGGGUUACCUCAAGUCAUGGCCACCAGCUAAACUGGGUCUGGAAGAGGACACAGACAGUGACUCUGAUGGUGGUAACACUACCUGCUUGGUUGCAGUGGGCAAGGUCCAGCCUGUACUGGACCUCAGCGAUCUUGGACCUACUCAGACACACCCUACAGAGUUUGUAUCCAGACAUGCCAUUGACGGGAAAUUUACUUACGUUGAUCAAAGAGCCACUGCUGUCUUGGGUUAUCUACCUCAAGAACUUCUUGGAACGUCUGUGUACGAGUAUUAUCACCAAGAUGACUUGGCACAUAUGGCUGAAAUACAUAAAAAAGUUCUCGCAAAAAAAGAGAAAGUGGAAUCGGGAAUUUACCACUUUCGUCUAAAGGAUGGCUCCUUUAUCAGUCUGAGGACAACAAGUUUUGCAUUUAUUAGUCCAUGGACCAAAGAUAUUGAAUACAUUGUAGCAACGCACACUGUAGAGCAUGAAGCAGACAGUCCCAUGGGUGCAGUCUCUGCAGAAGCUACUUGUUCUUCAACAAUUGGACAAGAUGACAGCAACAGUGGGUCAAAUGGUGGCUCCAGUAUCAGUUUCUUUAAAAGACCUGAAGGUCGUAGUCCCUCCACAGCUGCUGGCAUUCCAUUGUCUACAAAGACAGGUGCAGGGAGGAUAGGAAGGCUUAUUGCAGAUGAAGUAUUAGAACAAAGUAGGAAAGAAGAGCCCAUUUCCUUACAUGAUAGUCUGCGCAACGAGCUGCAUUCAGGCCUUGCCUCGUUACGUUUGGCAUUUGAAAGGGCCUUUAGCACAACAUGUGCCACUCCAGUUACCAGCACUGUGGUGACAUCUCUUGAUGGACAGAAUUUACCGUCCAACAACAUGGCAUACAGACAGGCUGCUGCAGUUUCUUCAGAUACAGACAACACCAGUGUAGUUAGCAGUGUAGAUGAGAGACACAGUAACUCCAGCAGUGCCUCAACAGGGAGGGUGCCACAGAAUGGAAUGUCCAGUUUGGCUGUUAGAUCCAGUGCAACAGAGUCCCCUACCCCUGGUGACAAUCUAGUGACAUCUUUAAUGGACCCUAACAAUUUCUCGGAACUGUCCAGCCCAGGAGACACAGGCAAUGAUGAAGCUGCAAUGGCAGUCAUCAUGAGUUUAUUGGAGGCAGAUGCAGGCCUUGGUGGCCCUGUGGACUUCAGUGAUUUACCAUGGCCUCUCUAAGCACAGACAUGUUUUGGUGGCCCUGUAGGCCUCGGUUAUUUACCAUUCCCUAAACGAGUUGCCAUAGUCACACCAGUUAGCACAACUCGAAGUCAUGGAGACCUUGUCCCCUUUAUUUAGUAACCAUGGCAACUGACCUUAGAAAAUGUGAGAUACCUCUGCAUAAUCACAAGUCCCUGUGAGUGUCAGUGCCUUACCAUGACCACUCCAAAUGGAGUACAGCAUUACUUUUGCUGGAAAGUCUUCUAUGGUGAACCGUUUCUUUGUUUUCCUUUCGUUAUAAAAGAGGUGCUGACAGUUUAUGAGACUGUCUGUAUAUCAGCAAGUACUAAUGUUUGCAUACAACUUUUGUAGAUUCUUCAGCUGCAGAAUACUUUUCUAAAAAUUAUGUGCAAUGUGAUGCUGAAGUUUUAACUUUAUAUUUUUACGAAAGAGGCAUGCAACGUGUAGUUUUUAGACAGCUAAAUUGUUGUCUUUGUAACAACGCUUUGUAACAGCUCAUUUACUGAUUCUGCAAAUGUUGUGAAUGUAAUGUUAAAUUUGGUUUCAGUUAAUUUGUUUAAAGUUGCCAAGUAUGAUGUAUGAUAUAACUUUCUACAUUUUGACUGAUGUUGCAUUGUUAGACGUCAUAUAUCCACAUUUCAGGAAGAAUAGGGUAGUUAUAAAUCCAUGUUUUAGAAUGAUACAGCUCUAGUCAGUGGCUAUCAAUGAUCAUCAUGUAUGGUAAUCGACUCAUUCUUUUCAAUGAGGAAAAUUGUGAUUUUUACAGAUGCUGUAUUUUUUCAGGUCAUAAAUUCUUAAAAUUGAAACCUAGUGAUAGGAACAAAACUGAUAAUCUGGCUACUAUAUAAGGAAAAAGUGCUGUAAAUGCUAAAGAUCAAAAUUAUUUGUAGUGAUUCAAGAACUAAAUAUCUGAAAGAUUGAUAAUUUUUCCUUAUUGAAAAGAUCAAGUCAGUACCGUAAAUUUGUCUUGUAUUUCACCUGCCUGCUCAUUGAACUUUGGUAAUAGCGGUUUACCCAAGUACUUGGUGUUACUACCCGCUGAUCUUUACUGUUUAUUUGUCUUUUUAGCUGUGGAUCAUUUUUAAUGUAUUAUCUUUAAUUUCUGAACAUGUGUAGACAUUAAAAGGGUAUAUGUAACUUAAUAGACAGUGCACUUGUACCGUAUACUGGUAGGUAUGUAUUGUGACCAAAUGACUUUCACCCAUCUGCUCAGCAUUUAAAUGAUAAAUAAGUGUUAGAACAUUCCAGUUCUGGCAGAAUUCUUUAUUUACAUGUUAGUGAUAGUUGAUGUAUAUACUCUGAAGUGAAUUGCAAUGUGUCUAUAUCUGCCAAUUGGGGAAGUCCCGUAAGUGUGAUCACAGCUGGGGACACAUUUAUCAAGGCUAAAGUUAUAGCACAAAGAUGUUGUUUUAAUUUAUUCUGUGAUUGUAAAUACAAUGUAACUUUUUAUGCUGCAUUUAUAGUGAACUGUGUUGUGAAAGUAAAAUUGUAAUUUUUACCAUUUAUGUCCUGGGGGGAGGGGGUUUGUUAUAACCAUUAGAUAAUUAGAAAGUACAAGUGAUUAUGACAAAAUAAGUAAACUGUGUUAUGUCCUUUUUAACACAAAAAGGUUCAGUGACAGGCCUACCCAACUACCAGACUUGGCACUGAAUGAUCCAGAAUUCACCG